AUGCUAAAACUCAUUAUCGCAUUGCUCACUUUUUAUAGCACAUCUGCUAAAAUGAUGAAAUAUGGUGGUCUGACCAACGCAAGGACUCCAACAGACGAAGAACGAGCAAAACUGGAACCGUUGCUCCUGGAAAAGUUGGAAUCUCAUUUGUGCACCAAGCCCUCGUUCGCUGAAGUUGUUCAACUCUCCACGCAAGUGGUGGCAGGGACUAACUAUUUCGCUAAGGUGUUACUGAUUUUUUAA